UGAGUAAUAUACGAUGAAACAGCCCGACACUUUCGACGCGACCGCGAAUCGAGCAGAACAGCACUAAUCGUCUAUUAUGAUAAGGAGACAGUGAGAAUGGAGAUUCUUAUGAAAUAGCGCGACAAAAAUCUGCUAUUUGUAAAAUCCGCGAUAUUGUGGUAAACGCAAAUUUCCGACAUCACAUUUUGUAUACAUCCUGACGAAACCAGCAGAGCUUACGCUCUAAAAAGAGGCUCAAAUGAACUCAGUGAACGUGAAGACUUGGCUGCAGCGUGGCGAUCUUGACAAACUCGAGAAUAUCGUGUUAGAGGGUCGAGGCGUGCGACUAUUAGGCGAAAACUCGCCGGACCUUAAAACUCGUGUCUUCCUGAAGGGACUCCCGAACUACUUGACGAAGAUUUCUCAAGUGCACGACGCAGUCACGCGCGGCUCGCUAGCCGAAACACAGAAAAUUAUUUCCGAGGACUCGAAGAAGAAACUAGCGAUUGCAAAGGACUCCUGCGGCACACCCUUGAUACACAAAGCGGUCUACUACGAUCAUCCCGAUAUUGUCUCCUGGCUUGUGGAAAAUUACCCCAUCACACCGCAGCAGAAAGACAGGGAGGGAAGAACAGCUUUACACUACUGUUGCGCAUGUAAAGAUGCCGAGACAAUCUGGGAUCUCCUCAUAGAGAGUGGAUGUGACGCUAGCAUUUGCGACAAGAAGGGCAACCCAGCCGCGUACUACUUGGAGCACUCCGCGGAGAUCGAGCUACCGGAGGUCGAGAUUAUGCCCAAACGAAGGAAAAGCACCGGAAAGGAGAGUCUGGAUUUCAAACCCUCCAACAUCAGGAUAUGGAUACACAACAAAGACAUUGGAAAAUUGCAGCAGGUGCUGUGGGAGGGACACGGAUGUAAACUUCGAUGCGAGACCAGCAAUCAUCCUCGAAUUCGGAAAUUCUUGGAGGCUGUGCCAUGUAUCAUGAAUUCAGUAAAGGACCUCCACGCAACGGUGAUCAACAACGAUUGCGACCUUUGCAAAGAAAAACUGAAGAAACUCUCACCUAUCGUCCUAUGCGGCAAAGAUGGCAACGGUUUGAAUGUUCUACACAAGGCCGCCGGUCUUGGAUGCAUGGAUAUAGCCCUCGAGAUCCUAAAAAAGUGUCCAGCGACGGUAUUGGCGCAGGACAACGAAGGGAAGACUCCCCUGCAUUACGCAGCAGCCGUUAAGGACGACGGCGCAAUGUACAAUCUCCUGAUCGAGUACGGAGCUGAUGAGAGUAAACUGGAUAACCGGGGUAAAGCGCCCGCGUUUUACAAGAACCGCCCUUCGGACGUGGACUUAUCGAACUUGUCGGUAAUACCGGAUGCACCUCGAGUCUCCGACAACUAUCCGAAGAAUUGGGACUGGAAGAUCUUGGAAGCAGGACAAGGAAUAACGCGGGGAAUGAAGAAAGUCAGUAACAGUGAUAGCACUGACAGCGCUUUCAGCAGCGCCGAGUCCACGAUGAAGGACUUGGACGGCUCCAGUGAGAUAAAGAACGAGGAGCAGGAGGAGGAAGAGGAACAGGAGACGCCUGCCGAGACGCCAAACGGAGACGACGAUGAAGACGAGGCGAACGAUGGAGAUGCGAACACGGAAGAUGCGGAGGAGGAAACGAAACCGGACGACUCCGAGGAGAAAGCAUCCUCGGAUGAUGACGUGGUAACCGGGCCCGCCGCGGAGAAAGAGGAGGAGACCGCGCUCGAAGAGAGAAACGAGACCAGCACCGGCGACUCCGGCGUCGACGAUCCCACACAAGACGAGGAGCAGCAGGUUAUCGUCGGUGAACACGAAGAGGCUGCAGAAGUGGAGUUGAACGAAAGUAGCAUGGCCCACGAUUCGGAGGUGGACAGCUUGCUGGAGGACGGAAAUAUGGAACAACUGGCUGCUCUGGUACUUAACGGCGAAGGCCGACGGCUGGUCGGCCGACAGUCCGGAAAUCCAGAACUCCAAGCAUUUAUCGACAACGUUCCAUCGUACAUGGCAAAGAUCCAUGCCGUGCACAUGGCGGCGCGGGAAGGAAACCUUCGCGAUCUACAAAGCGCACUGGAUCGCCGCAAAUUUGCGGUGGCACGAGAUGAGUCGUCAGUCCAUGGCGAAACCCCAUUGCACGUGGCGGUCGUAUUCGGCAAUACCGCCGUCAUCAGGUACCUGGCAGGAAGAUUUCCAGAAACCGCCAAUGCGAUCGAUUUCGACGGACGAACACCGUUGCAUUACGCCGCGACACUCGCAGACAACGGUCAUUAUUAUAACCUACUGUUGCACCUAGGUGCCAAUCCUUUGGUACAGGACAAUUUUGGGCAAAAGGCGGAUUAUUACAAGCAAAAUCAAAGCGACCUAUCGCACAAAAAACUCCUGCGCGAUUUCGGUGCCAGCGAGAAGCUCGCCGACGAGAUGUUGACGGAUAAAGACAAACGCGAACAGAUCAUCCCAGAUAUGCCGCUUCCCGGAGGCGAUAUCUACUCCGCCCGGCGAGAUGUGAGCGAGCCCGAUGUCCAGGUCACCCUCGAACGGUGCUUCAAGCUGCUGGCGGGCUCUCGGCGACCGUCGACACUAAAGACCCCGUCGAAUGCCGACGACAAUGAGGCUGAUAUUCCGAUAUUUCGCACAGAAGAAGGCCGUUAUUUAGCUUCAUCAUUAGGUGAUCCCUUGAUAAAAGGAUUAACGGAAGUCGCCAAAUCGCGUCCCAAGGAUCCGGUCACAUAUCUCGCAACGUAUUUAUACAACUUCGCUAGCAAGAACAAGACCAAUGAACAGGAAUCCAACGUUCUCAUUAUACCUGAUCGCGAAGAGGGACAGUUGGACAACGUAGAGAAUGACAACUUUGACGAGGAUGCCGGCUACCCUCGGAGUCCGGGUUCCGACAUACCCGAAUCUACAUUCAGCAAUCCUAACAGGGACGAACACGGACAAAGCAUGAUACACUUCGCAGCAGUUCGUUCCUAUUCGAAGGACGGCCUGUACCAACUGCUGUUGGAGACGCAAGUCAAUGUGGGUUUCAGAGAUGAACUGUACCGGACAGCCCGGGACGUCGCCGAGCAGGCGAAUAUUCGCGAGAACGUCGAGGAGAUAGACCGCUACGUCGUGUAUCUAGCAGCGAGAGGAGAGACUGACAAGCUGGUGGAACUCCUGCUAGAAGGCUACGAUCACAUCUUGGAUGCCGAGGACGAGGGGGUGAACAUCAUCGAGGUCGCUGCGCAUAGAGGACACGAUGCCACUGUGCAAUUUCUGCAGUCGAUUCCUAAUUACGUGAAUCAACGCGAGCAACUACAUGCUGCGAUUCGGAUGGAUGACGAGGAGCGCGCGAAGGAACUUUUGCACAUGGCCAACGGUGGCGGGAAAUUGCUGGCUCUCGGAAAGAAUUCGAUUGGUCGGUGUGCCCUGCACAUCGCCGUGCUUCGAGAGAAUGAGAACCUCGUCAAGCUCAUCGUGAGAAUGUUCCCGGAGACAUUACGCAUCGGCGACAAUCUGGACAGGACCGCACUUCAUUACGCGAUGGGCGUGCCGUCCGUAGAAGUUCUAAGUAACGUAUUGAUCAAGGCAGGCGCGAGACGCAUUGUUAAAGACUUGAAAUCUCGUCAACCGUCGUACUACUUCAUGAACAAGUCUGAUAUCGAGCGACUUCAAGAAGAAGAGAACUCUAUGAUCCAAUGAAUCAUACGACACAGAACACUUGCACCGAUUUCGCAAUUACAAUAUAAACGGAUAGCAGAAUAAAUAAUGUGUCGAGUUGA